GGACCCCCCUCAGCGCCAGGCGGGGGAGCAGCCCGGGCCCGCCCGGGAGGGCCGCCCAGCCCGGCGGCGCCGGGGAGCCCCGGGGGGCCGGGGCGGGGGCGCGGGGGCGGGGAACUCCCCAGGACGCCCCGGCCCCCGCGCGGGGAGACACGGCGUUAGUCAGCGGGACCCUCCCCCUGUGCCGGCGCUCGGCUCCGCCGCGGCAGCGGCCGUGUCAGCCUGGCGGCAGCGCGGCGCCUGGCUCCCCGCACGGCCCGGCCCCCGUGAGGCGCGGGCAGCCGCGGAGGCUGGGCGGGGGAUGGCGGCGGCCGGGCCGCAGGGCGCGGGGCUGUGCGCGGCGGCCGGGCUCCCCCGGGGCGGCGGGGCGGGCCGCCGGCGGGCGGCGUGAGGCGGCCGCGUUACCCCGGGUGCCCCCGCCCCGCGCGGGGAAUGAGAGGCGGCGGCGCGGGGCUGCCGGAGCCCGCCGGGACCCACCAUGCGGGAGCUGGCGAUCGAGAUCGGCAUACGGGUCCUGCUCUUCGGGGUCUUCGUUUUUACAGAAUUUUUGGAUCCAUUCCAGAGGGUUAUCCAGCCAGAAGAGAUCUGGCUGUAUAAAAAUCCUUUGGUGCAAUCAGACAACAUACCUACGCGUCUUAUGUUUGCAAUUUCAUUCCUUACACCACUAGCAGUGAUUUUUGUGGUGAAAAUAAUCCGGCGAACAGACAAGACUGAAAUUAAAGAGGCUUUCUUAGCUGUUUCCUUGGCUCUAGCUCUGAAUGGCGUCUGCACAAAUACUAUUAAAUUAAUUGUGGGAAGACCGCGUCCCGAUUUCUUUUACCGCUGCUUUCCAGAUGGAGUAAUGAACUCUGAAAUGCACUGCACAGGUGAUCCCGAUCUGGUGUCUGAAGGCAGGAAAAGCUUUCCGAGUAUCCACUCUUCCUUUGCAUUUUCAGGCCUUGGCUUUACCACGUUCUACUUAGCCGGAAAGUUACACUGCUUCACGGAAAACGGCCGGGGGAAGAGCUGGAGGCUUUGUGCAGCAAUUCUCCCACUCUACUGUGCCAUGAUGAUCGCCCUGUCACGUAUGUGUGAUUACAAACAUCACUGGCAAGAUGCUUUCGUUGGAGGGAUCAUUGGCCUCAUUUUUGCUUAUAUUUGCUACAGACAACACUACCCUCCUUUGGGUAACACAGCUUGUCACAAAUCUUACGUCAGCCUGCUAGAUCAGAACUCUGUGAAGAAAGAAGAGAGACCUACAGCAGACAAUGCAACUGGCCUGCCUCUAGAGGGAAUAACUGAAGGUCCUGUAUGACUUCAAGAAACGUGCAGAAUGAACUUUUAGCCUUCUCACAUUUGCUCCAAACUGGUCUCUUAACACAGUGUUUCUUACUGUACCUUUUUUUCUUUUGUUUCUUUGCUUUUUAUAAAGAGAAAUCAAAUAUUUUAUUUUCAUCAUACUUUUAAAUUUUUGGUUCAUAUUGACUUGCUGAAUUAUCUGUUUUUAGUCUACUGCAAACAGAUAGGCUACUUGAGGGAAGGGGAACAAGCAUUAACAAAAACAAUCCCACUUAAAAAAUAAUUAUGAGAGUAAUUUUAAGAAGACGUGGUUGAGGAUAUAUAGUAGAUCUGGAAACAGAUUUUCUAAAGUACUCAGAAUCACCUAGAAAGUUCUGGUCGUCUUCAGCACUCAUUGAUUUUGAUGAGUGGUGAGUACACACAGCACUUUUCAUCAGAUGUUGUGGCCAGCCGUUUCUUUAUAUAAUUUGAUAAGUUAGGGUGUCAUCCUUAUGUUUAUCUUGUUGUCUUCACAUUAAAAAAAUCUCCACAUGCUGGUACAACUUCAUAUUAAUUGCCAAGUUUUGACAAGGUCAUUCUGAGCUACUAAUGAUCAAGCAGCCAAAAGGUAUGAAUGAUUAAGUGUGUGCAAGAGCCAAGCCUCGUGCAUUAGUAGUUCCACAGGGUGAUUCUAACAUUCAAGAAAUUCCACGCUGUUAAAAUUAUAAAUUUUACAGUAACAUACGUUCAUAGGAUGGGCUAGAAACUUGGUAUUACAUCAUUAACAAUUUUUUGAGAGCUCUUGCAGUAAUUACCAUCAAAACAAAAUGAAAGAAAACCCAUGACACUCAACAAGCUGAAGUCCUGAACACAAAUUUUUAUAAAUCCUAAAACUGUGAGGACAAAGAAACACUACGUUUUCCGUGAAUCUCGGUGUGCCAUAUUCAUUCUUGUGUAGUGACUCACUGCAGCAUUGGUGAUCUAAAGAAAUGCAAAGAUUUUCAUUUGUGACUUCGGGCGCACAACCGUGAAUGCUUGUGGUGGUCUCCAGCACUACAACAUACCCAGAGGAAUGCCGGAGACAGCUUUCCACUAGACCCAUUCCACAUUUUCAGCUCAUCACCUUCUUGAGUAUGGUGUUUGCAAAGGUUAGCUUGGUACCUGAACUUGAAACUCACCUGAAUCAAAACACUGUUGGUACGGAGAAGAUUACUGAGUAUAUGGCUUUAGUUAAUUUAUUAUUGGUAGGAUCCUGUUUUGUUAUGUAUGCACUAUGCAGUAUACAUCACAUUCCUGUGAAACGAUGUAACUUUGGGUGGCAGAAUGUCAGAUUCCAGAACUCUUUUUUCUUAGAUGUCCUGUAAAAAUGCAGGCAAAUGUUCCAGACCACAUCUUGGCAGCUGAACAUUUCUUAGCUGGAGCUGCUGGUUAAUCAACAACCAUUAUUACGGUGCUUUAGACUGGAGGAGACUGCUGCCAUAAUUAUAAUUUAUGUGUUCCUGUUGGAAUAUGCAUUGGCCUUGUAGGCAUUUUGUGAUUCAGACAGCUCAGUGUCUUUAUGUAAGGCUUGUCAUUCACUUUUCUCAAAGGUAAGCUUUGUAGAUUUUUUGAGAAGAGCUACUUCCUGAUUGGCAACACUUGAAUUUUGGUAGAAGGCAAGUAAAUUGGGAUCCCCUUAAAAAUAAAUGUAAUAAUUGUGUGCAAGGGGACGCCCCCUUGCUAUUAUAAACUUAUAUGAUGUUUGGAAAUAACAUUAAAGAACAGAAUGUAAUAGGCAGGAACCUAGGAGGGUUCUGUAGCAGUUAGGCCUGAUCUACUUGUAAAACUGGUACCAGCUUGCCUGUGUCAGUUAUGGGUAGGUUUUUUACUGAUAGUUACAGUAUUCUGACCUCUAGAAUAGAGACAGUUACCCAAACAUAACUGUGGUUUUGCUGGCGUAUAUAUGCUAGUUCACAAAGCUAGCGUCAGCAGAGUAAAAUUAUUCUGGCAUUGCAUUUGCACUGGAUUUGACAGAACAGUCCUCUAGUGUAAUUGAGGUCUUAUUCUAGAAACCCACACAGUUUAGUGGAGGUUUAAUCUUUCUAUAAAGUUUUUAAACCAUCCUACAGAAUUCUGUAACAGGGAUAUCAUUUUCUAUUACUUCAUACGGGAGGAUCAGUGAAAGCCCUAGAGUAAUGGUAUCAUGUCUUUACGUUGUGUAGGGCUUGGCCAUUAGCUUUUUCUUUCAGCAGGAACCCUAGUCUUCCAGGUUAUAUGCAAAUGUUAAAAAAAAAAAAAUAAUCCUAAAUCAAAAUCAGAAAUUUAAUACUGAUGCAUAGAGCGUUUUGCAUGUUUUUAUAUAGAUCUGGCUUAUUCUCAAAAAUAAGUGGGGCCUCCUAAAACUGUGCUGUAUACAUUCCCAGUAUUUUAAUGGCUUUUGAUACAAACAGGCUAUCUUCUUUGGGAUGGAGAAAGCUUAUACAUCCCUCAAAUGAAUAGUGGCUGCUAAAAGAUUGGAAUAUGAAGUGUAAUGCAGCAUAAAUACUUACAUUGCAAAAGUAAUUGGUGAACUUUGCAAAGCAGUAAAGAAUAACGUAUUUUAAUGGGAAUAAUUAAAUUGAAAGUCGUAAAAUAAACAAUGUAAAAGCUUUGAUUGUAAUGUAAUUAAAAUUAUGAAAGAGUUAAUGAAAUGAAACUUACAGAGGGAUCUGUAGGUGCUGUAAUUACCAAUGCAGAGUCAGUGUAGGGAAGGCAUUUUCGUGGAUCAAUGUAUUUUAAUCUCAUGCUUUCUCAAUGUGAAGGAAAUGUAAUGUUGUAACGCACCAAUAAAACAACACAUGAAUGUGGGUUUGUA